UAACCUGGCUGUCUGCAUUCCCCACACGGCGUCUCUGCGCCCAUGGUAACACUUUUCUCAACAGCGGACGGCUGAUUCAGAAAAGACGUCUGUUCUCACAUGCAGCUAAUAUUCGACAUGAACUUAGCAGAAAUAUGUGACAACGCUAAGAAGGGCCGUGAGUAUGCUCUGCUUGGGAACUAUGACUCGUCCAUUGUGUACUAUCAGGGCGUCCUUCAGCAGAUCCACAAGCACUGCCAGACCCUCAGAGACCCAGCUCUGAAAGUCAAAUGGCAACAGCUCAGGCAGGAACUGACUGAGGAAUAUGAGCAGGUGAAAGGCAUCAUGGGAACCCUCGAGAGCUUUAAGUCCGAGAAGCCCGUUGACAUCCUGGUCCCUCAGCUGGAGCAGCCACCUGACGAUCCAGCCGUCUGGCCCCCACCUAACCCAGUAGAACAUAGGAAUCCUGUUGCAGUGAAGCGGCCCAACAGYGCUGUGAAGCAGCAGCAGCAGAAGAAGGAAUCUCCAGGUCUGCAGCACCGAGGCGCAGGACCAGGGGCUCGCGCUCAGCCCAACCUUAAAGCAGCAGGGCUCCGAGAGGCUCGGGGAGCUAAAGCCAAAGACGAUAAGGGUAAAAAAACAGAUUCACAAGGAGAAGGAGAGCAGAAGAAGUUUGACGGCACAGGAUACGACACUGAUUUGGUGGACUCGCUGGAGAGAGAUAUAGUGUCUCGUAACCCGAACAUACACUGGGAAGACAUUGCUGAUCUAGAAGAUGCUAAGAAGCUGCUGAGAGAAGCAGUGGUGCUGCCCAUGUGGAUGCCCGACUUCUUUAAAGGGAUUCGUCGACCCUGGAAGGGUGUGUUGAUGGUUGGCCCACCAGGGACCGGGAAGACCAUGUUGGCCAAAGCUGUGGCCACAGAAUGUGGGACUACUUUUUUCAACGUGUCCUCCUCCACUCUGACCUCCAAAUACAGGGGAGAGUCUGAAAAACUUGUUCGUUUGCUGUUUGAAAUGGCUAGAUUUUACGCUCCAACAACCAUCUUUAUAGAUGAAAUUGACUCUAUUUGUGGCAGAAGAGGGACGUCUGAUGAACAUGAAGCCAGCCGUCGGGUCAAAUCAGAACUUUUGAUUCAGAUGGACGGUGUGGGAGGAGCCCUGGAAAAUGACGACCCGUCUAAGAUGGUGAUGGUUCUCGCUGCUACAAACUUUCCCUGGGACAUUGACGAGGCGCUGCGGCGACGGCUGGAGAAGCGGAUCUACAUCCCCCUCCCCUCCGAGAUGCAUCCAUGAUGGCGAUGCGUCGGCGGAUCCAAGGCCUGAGCCCAGAGGAGAUCCGAGCCCUGUCCAAAGAUGAGCUGCAGAUGCCUGUGACCAUGGAGGACUUCACUCUGACUCUGAAGAAGAUCUCCAAAUCUGUCUCUGCUGCAGAUCUGGAGAAAUACGAAGCCUGGAUGGCUGAGUUUGGGUCCGUAUAAAGAGCAGCUGCCGGUGGACUCUAGGCUUUGAGGAAGUUCAUUCUGUGAGUCAGGCAGCACAUCAGGGAUCAGCAGACCGGUGCCUUCGAGAGACAUGAUGAAAAGUCUUAUCAACUUCAUUCCAGUUUUUUAACAUUCCCCCGUUAAMCCAAACGUGUGAGCAGACCUGUCAAUCAUCCAACUGCUGCUGCUCUGAAGCUUAUUAAGGUGAACAUUUCAAAUACAACAAACAUUUGUUGUAAAAGUAACAAAAUAAAAAAAGCAAACAGUUUAACAGUUUUUGUGAGGCUUUAAUUUUGAGAAUUUGUGAUUACCAGUAUUUUUAAUUUUUAUGUUUUUGAGACAUUGAGUGGAAAAGAGGAAUAACAUGUUUACAACACUGAGCUACAGGUCCAUUUACAACUGAUGGACACCGGGAAAUAAGUUUAUAAAUGCAAAAAUGGCAUUUUGAGAUGUGAAAUGCUUCAGAAAUAYUUAAAACAGCUGCAAACAAUGUCAUCACAACAGAGACACAGAUUAGCUCACUUUAAGGAUUAUAGGCAUGAAUUUUACUAUCAAAGUCUUUAAAUUGUCUCUAAAACCCACAAACACACUAACUUUGCAGUUAGUGUUUUCUGUAAGAAAAUUUAACUGCAAGUGAUUUUUCAAAUGAAGGUAUUAAAAUUAGCUGAUAUGUGAAUUUUCCCCAUAAAUGUUUGUCUCAUUAACAGAUCUGCUCUGACGUAAGGACAUGUCUGUUUUGAGCACUUUAAAUGUUUGGUUCUGUAUUAACACUGACUGAACACUUGAAUUUUAGCACUACUGUCUGUCUUGUGAAUAAUUAAGUUUUUUGUUUGUUUGUUUUUUCACUUUUAAUAAUGUCACGACUAAAAGAAUGUAGCUGAUGACCUGUGGAUUUGUUUGGUUUUUGAAUAAAAGAAACAUAAUUCUCACUGGAAAGUGGAAA